AUGACAACCAAUUUUCAACGCGAUGCCGGCCCUAUCGGAUACGGACUCAUGGGACUCACUUGGCGUGCCGACCCCCCCUCGCAAGCCGAGUCUUUCGACCUGAUGAACACUGCUCUCUCAUGCGGUGCCAAUUUUUGGAAUGGCGGAGAAUUCUACGGCACUCCAGAGCGAAAUUCACUCCACCUCGUGGCUGAAUACUUCACAAAAUACCCGGAAAAUGCAUCAAAGGUCCUACUAAGCAUCAAAGGCGGUUUGAAGCCCGGAACACAAAUACCCGACGGCACGGAAGCUGGUCUGAGAAGGUCCGUUGAUGAAUGCAACCGAGUUCUUGCGGGCACGAAGAAGGUUGAUAUCUUCGCGUGCGCUCGAGUCGAUACCAAUGUCCCCAUCGAAGAUGUGGUCACGGUCCUAGGACAGCUAGUUCAGGAAGGGAAGAUCGGCGGGAUCGGCCUCAGCGAGGUCAAAGCGGAGACGAUUCGAAGAGCACACCAAAUUCACCCAAUCACGGUCGUCGAGGUCGAACUGUCGCUCUGGACGACGGACAUCCUACGAAACGGCAUCGCUCAAACAUGUGCAGAAUUAGGCAUCCCCAUUGUUGCAUACGCACCGCUCAGUCGCGGAGCCCUGACAGGAGACUUUCCUACGAAAAACGAGGAUCUCGCCCCCCAUCGGCGAGCAUUUCCCAAAUUUCAGGACGAUGUUUUGCAAGCGAAUCGUAGGCUCUCGGAACAAGUGGAGAAGUUGGCGCGAGAAAAGGGGUGCAAGCCAUCGCAGGUAGCGAUAGCCUGGAUCAAGGGUCUGAGUGGGAAGAAUGGUCUGGGCUCCAUCACGCCCAUUCCCGGUGCCGAGAGGGUCGAGUGGGUGCGCGAGAAUUGUCAAGAGAUCACCUUGAGUGAGGCAGAAAUGUUGCGCCUGCAGGAAAUACUUGACAGAAAUCAGAUUAUCGGAGAGAGGUAUAUGGGUCCUCUUGCGGCCUUGAGCGAGAUAUGA